CUCUGCUUCCUCACAUUUGCAUCAAUUUUCAAAAUCAUUUCUGUACUCCUUCUCUUCUCCAAAUCUGACACAGAAGAAAUCAGGCCCUUUUAAUUGCUUUCAUUAAUUUCUGCGGUGCUGUCUACUCUCUUCUCUUUUCUCUAUUUUUACUGCCAACCUGAACAAAAUUUCUACAUCAUUGAGAGACGGAAAUGCUGGAGACGGUGAAGUACUUGAUCGGCUCCCCCGGUGCCAGCGGCUACGGGUCCAAAUCCACCGCAGAAGAAGUCACCGAGAACUACUGCCAUCUCCGCUCUUUCACUGCCAUAAUUACAGGUGCGACGUCUGGGAUCGGGGCGGAGACGGCUCGAGUGUUGGCCAAACGAGGGGCGCGAUUGGUGCUUCCGGCGCGGAGUCCCAAAGCUGCUGAGGAAGCUAAGGCGCGGAUUGUAUCGGAGUUUCCUGAUUCGCAGAUCAUUGUCAUGGCACUUGAUCUAAGCUCUCUUUCUUCUGUUCGAAAAUUCGUAGCAGAGUUCGAGUCGCUUGAUAUGCCUCUCAAUCUUCUGAUAAACAACGCCGGAAAGUUCACACAUGAGCACGCAAUCUCCGAGGACGGAAUCGAGAUGACCUUCGCUACUAAUUAUCUAGGUCAUUUUUUACUAACGAAAUUGUUGCUGAGCAAAAUGAUCGAAACGGCGAACAAAACCGGCGUUCAAGGCAGAAUCGUGAACGUCUCGUCCAGCAUACACGGUUGGUUUUCCGGCGAUAUGAUCCGAUACCUGAUCCAGAUAUCGAGGAACAAAAGCUAUUAUGAUGCGACACGUGCAUAUGCACUCUCGAAACUCGCUAACGUUUUGCAUACCAAGGAGGUUGCUCAGAGACUGGAGAAAAUAGGAGCCAACGUGACUGUCAAUUGUGUUCAUCCAGGCAUUGUUAGAACCCGUCUCACCAGAGAACGAGAAGGAAUGAUAACAGAUCUUGUCUUCUUUCUAGCUUCCAAGCUUUUGAAGAAAAUACCUCAGGCUGCUGCUACGACUUGUUACGUUGCAACACAUCCAAGGCUGGUGAAUGUUAGUGGGAAGUAUUUUGCAGACUGCAACGAAACAUGGGCAUCAAAGCAGGGAUCAAACUCAACCGAAGGUGCUCGGUUAUGGGCUGCCUCUGAGUUUAUGGUUUCUAGAGACGCUAAAGCAGCUUGUGACUGGGAUACAUAUGACAAGUACUGAGGAGAAAAUAUUAGGAGUAAGUAGAAAAGAAAAAGGGGGAAUGAAAUGAAAGAAUCGUAGAAAGAUGAGAGGUAAUUAGGAAUUAAUAUAUAUAUACUAUGUAUACGGUUGUAAUUAAAGAUACAGAAGUAGUAGUACUAAGAUAUAUAAUGUAGGGCAUAUUAUGUACAUAUAUAUGGUGGUUACUUAAGUGGGAAUCUAUGUACUAAAACAGUGGGUUAAUGCGUAUAUCAUUGUUGGUAUAAUUGUAUAAUGAUUAUUAUGGAGAAUGAUAUCAUGUUAAUGGGGUCUUGCAUAUAUUAAGAAAAGGAGCUCUAGAUU